AUGUCUACUUCGCAUUUUAUUGAACCUUUUUUAUCUGAAGAUGAGGAUGAAUACUGCCCAUUAUGCAUUGAGCCGUUAGAUUUAAGUGAUAAACAUUUCAAGCCUUGCCCGUGUGGUUACCAAAUAUGUCAAUUUUGUUAUAAUAAUAUUCGUACAAAUCCAGAGCUAAAUGGUCGUUGUCCCGGUUGUAGACGUAAAUAUGACGAUGAAUCCGUUGAAUACGUUCAACUAUCUCCAGAAGAGUUGAAAAUGGAACAGGCCAAACAGGCUAAAAAGGAGAGGGAACGUAAGCAAAGAGAAAAAGAACGUAAGGAAAGUGAACACGCUACAAGGAAACAUUUGGCUAACAUGAGGGUUAUUCAAAAAAACUUGGUUUACGUUGUUGGUUUAAAUCCACCAGUACCAUAUGAAGAAGUUUCCUCUUUAUUAAAGUCUGAUAAAUAUUUCGGUCAAUAUGGAAAAAUUACGAAGAUUGUAGUUAACAAAAAACAACAAUCACAAAGCGAUCAUAGUUAUCACGCAGGGUAUGGUGUAUAUGUUACUUUUUUCAGAAAAGAAGAUGCUGCUAAAUGCAUCAGCGCAGUGGAUGGAACUUAUAUGGAUGGUAGAUUGGUUAAAGCCGCUUAUGGUACUACUAAAUAUUGCUCCUCUUAUUUAAGAGGCCAGGCUUGUCCUAAUCCAAAUUGUAUGUUUUUACAUGAGCCCGGUGAAGAGGCUGAUUUGUUUAAUAAAGCCCAUGGCAAUAACAAUAAUGGUGCUGGGAAUGGAAGUGGUAACAGUAGCGGUAUAAGUGGUGGUAUCUCAGGUCAGUUUUCCCUUAGAGGAGCUUAUACUAGUACGUCUCAUCACAGCGCUUUGCCAAAGCCUAUUCAACCAUUGAAAGCAUCUAAUAGUGGUAUCGCAACUAUGUCUGGUACUUCUGUUAAUAGUGGCGGUAACUCUGCUGGCGGUAGCUACUCAUCGUCAGGCCCAAACUCUGAUAUUUUGCAUGCCAGCACUAACAAUAAUACUAGUUCUACCGUAUCAUCUGCACAUGCAACGCCUACCUUAACGCCAGCUGCGCCUGUUCCAUCAACUUCAAAUCCAUGGCAUGUUAAAUCAACACCAAUUUUAUCUUCCGCUACAGUGGCUACCUCUAAUGUUAAUACUAAUAAUGAUGUUACUACUCCAACUUCUGCCGCUACUACCGUCAACAAUUUCAAUCCUGCUUUAAAUUCCUCAGGCUCAACUGGUAAUCCAUGGCUAACACGAUCAGGGACUCCGUUAGCAAGUACGUCAAGUGCCACCUUGAAAUCUGUUGCGUUCCCAACGUUAGGCGAAGCUUUAAGCCAAACUAGCACUCCUACUUCUGGUUCCUCUUCAAAAAUUGCCUCAAUUAAGAAAGGCAACAAUAAUGCUACUAAUACUAGUACUGUUAAUGAUAACAGCAAUAUUAGUAAUAAUAAUAAUAAUAAUAAUAAUAAUAGUAAUGUUAUCGAAGGUAACAUCAAUUCUCAUUCAUCCAAAGAUACAAAUUCCAGUAAUGCCAAUACUAAAGGUAGUGAUAAAAACGACAUUCGCAAUAUUUUUGAUAAUAGUUUUUCCAAAAGCUUUUAUGAAAAUGCUAAUGAAUAUGAUCCUUGUGGUACCGCUUUGAAAUUUUUGGAUGAAACUUUAUAUUUUCUAUCUAAUUUCAAGGAUACAAAAAUUCAUUUGAAAACAUCCUUAUUGGAAGGAACAGACAAAGAAAAUAUUGAAAAUACGCAUUGCUUAUUUUCAUUUGAAAAGGUUAAAGUUUCUAAAAAUUCUCAAGGCAUAUUACGAUCAAAAUUAAUCAAGAAAUUGGCUGUACAACCUGUUGAUUACACUAAUGAUACUGUUUCUCUUCUAAAUAUUUUAAAUAAUGUUCAAAUUCCAACCCAAUUAUUUGCUUCAGUUUUACAACAACAACAACAACAACAACAACAACAACAACAGCAACAGCAACAGCAACAGCAACAGCAACAGCAACAGCAACAGCAACAGCAACAGCAACAACAGCAACAGCAACAGCAACAGCAACAACAGCAACAGCAACACCAACAACAGCAACAACACCAGCAGCACCAGCACCACCAACAAAUUAAUGCUAAUCAACUUCCACCUCAAUUACAUAUGACCCCAGAUAUGAUUAGCGCCCAAUUACAACAACAACAACAAGGAAUUCCACCACCAGGUUUUUUUACUCCCCAAGUGAAUAAUAUUUUAAUGGGACAUGGUAGUCCAAUGAUCCAACAACAAUCCCAACAGCCUCAACAUACAGCACACAAUGUUUCCUCAGACUUAUUAAAUCAAUUAAUUAAUGGUAAGAAAAUGAUUGCUCCCAACUAA